UCUUGCACUUGUGUCGCACGAUAUGGUAUAAAUGAUUCCGUUCUGAAAAAUUCUACCAUCAACUUGUCUCAUUUCUUCAUUCAGCCAAAUCGAGCCAAUCCUCAAGUACGUGACUCCUGUUGACAUGAGUUGGCCUAUUUUAACCGCAUUUCUAGUUGCCUCGCUUUUGGGCCUCACAAAUGCCCAAGCGAGACUCACCCGUGACUCGUUCUACAUCAUGAACAGCUUCUUGCCCUCUGGCCAGGUGUGCGGGCCAAACAAAAUCAUGACCGGGUAUACCGUAAUUCGCGAAGCGCUCCAGACUCUCACUAUACCCUUGAAUAAGAAUAAUGAAAAGCCCAUGGCUUUUGAUCCGGCUACUGGAAUUUUCACGGCUCCCUUCCAAGGAUACUACCAGGUCUGUGCCUCGGCUCGGAUCAAGAAAGGCAGUCAUGGGGAUUUCACGAUUGUCAAGGGAGAUAACGCCCAAGCUAUUGCUUUCUCCACUGAUGUCCAAGGAGCAUUCGGAAGCGUCUGUCCGGUUCAGCUGGAUUGGUCUACUCAUGAGCAAUGUAAUGUGAUUCGAUUGGGCAUGGGAAGUGCUUUGGCCGUGCGAUUGAACUCAGGGGCAGCUUCAGAUUGCGCCGAGUCUACCGAAUGGCGAUACACGAAGCUCGACAUUUUCAGUAUUGCUGAGGAAAUGAGAUAAAUCUAACUUAAAGGGAUCCCACAGAGGCCAUUGAUGCUGGACGUUUUUGAGAGAAAAUAAAUGUGACCUGUUGGUCUUGCAGUGAA